AUGGCCACAGGCACUACAAUCCAAGCCAGUCGGCCGUCCCUCACAUCCAACGACUCUGCAGUCCUACAAGCUCUCUUUGACGCCGAAUCAUCCCCUUCCUCGGCCGUCACAAUCGACCCAUCUCUCCCCCCCUUUCCAGAAUACCUCCACAUCUCAGCGAGCGACCACGAGUCUCUCAAAGCCCACGAGCUGAGCAUCAUCCGCAGCCUCCAAUCCGACAACGUCUCAAUGGACACCAUCAACUCCGCCAUCAGUGACCUCGACGCCCUAAUCUCCGAGCACCCGACUUACCCAUCCGCGUACGUGAACAGAGCCCAAGCCCUCCGCGUACACAUCGAAAAGACGGCAGAGACAUCGACAGACCCAGACGAAGCUAUCUUCACCCUGGGUAAUAUUGAACCAGCCUCGCGCCUCUUCUACGAUCUAGGGAAGGCGAUUUCGCUCUGCACGCCCAGGUCGCCUGCUGAUCCGGUCUCGACGGUUCAGGCGCGCAUCCUGGCGGACUCGCAUACCCAUCGUGGGUAUCUGUUGCUCAAGGCUGCGAGGUUGAAGAGGAAUGCGAACGGUAAUGAGAUGGUAGGUGGGCCGGAUAAGUUGCGGGAUCUGGGGCCCGAUCAACUGGAGGAGAUGGCGAGUAGGGAUUUCUUCUUUGGAGGGAGGUAUGGGAAUAAGGUUGCCCAGCAGUUGGCUGUGCAGACGAAUCCGUAUGCGAAGAUGUGUGGGGCGAUUGUUAAGGAGGCGCUGAGGAAGGAGGUUGAGGGGUCUAUUUGA